UUUAAGGGGACAAAGAUUUGUUUAUGAUAGACUUACGAUGAUGGUGAUUGUCGUCCUCUUUGUUUUCUUCCUCAUUUUUUUAUUUAAAGAUUCAUCACGAGAUCCGAUCCCUCCUCCUCCUCUCCUCAAGCGCACCACCACGUGCAGCUUUCACAGGUGCUGCUGAUUGCUGCAGAGGAGGUGCCUCUGUUCAGUUAGCUAGACAGUGGAGUUGGGGGGGCCGGCUGGCUGUCGUUUAAGGAUGCAAAUCCCUCUGCAACUUGUCGAUGUCGGGUUCGUGGGAGUGUUCCUGACAUGGGGCUUGAUGGACAUUUUGAAGCGGAGGACUGGGAGACACAGAGCAGGGGACAGAGUUUCAUCAGCCUCAACUGUCUGUUCUUUGCUCACUGUCGUCUGCAACUUUGCCAUCUCUUUGUUAUACCUCUGUUUCUGUUUCUAUGAAUAUUGGGAGUUUAAGAGGUUGGACUAUGAGUCUGUCUCUUCAGCUGUUCCAUGGAUUUUAGCAUCAGCCAUAGCAGUUUACUGUAGGAGCGGUUGGCCUUUAGUUCUCAUUCUUUGGUGGGCCUACUCCACUGUUCUGUCUGUAGUCUCUGUCUCCUCCUCCCUCAUCGCCCGGUCGAGAUCCGGAGGUGGAUUCUCUCCUUCCCUGGUCGGAGCGGACGUGGUCGAUAUCGUCUCCUGCGCUCUGUGCAUCAUUCUUUCCUCAGCUGCAACUGGCAGCAGCUUUUGCGGUUGCACCCGCCGAGAGACUAAAGAGCUCGACCAGCCCUUGCUCGCGAGAGGUUCAGGGAGAGAUUCUGUGGAUUUUGACAGUGCUGGUGUUUGGAGCCGGCUGACGUUCCAAUGGCUGAACCCGCUUUUCAAGACUGGCCGAGUGCAGAAGCUUGAGUUGGCGCACAUUCCAUGGGUUCCUCGGUCCGAGAGUGCAGAAUUUGCCUCCACGUUGCUGGAAGCAUCACUACGGAAGCAGAAAACGGGACCCUCGUCAUUGUCGAAAGCGAUAUUGCUUGCUGUGUGGAGAUCGAUGACCGUUAAUGGAGUCAUUGCAGGAAUCAAUACCGUGGCUUCAUUCAUGGGCCCGUUUCUUAUCACGCACUUCGUGAAAUUCUUAUCGGCCAAGCGUGAAAGUUCUGAUUAUCUUUAUGGGCUGGUUCUCGCCUUGGUGCUAUUUUCUGCAAAGAAUGUCGAGUCUCUCACCCAAAGGCAGUGGUACUUUGGGGCGCAACGGAUUGGUGUAAGGGUAAGAGCUGGUCUUAUGGUGUUGAUCUACAAGAAGUCUCUCUCGAUUAAGCACUCCCUGGGUCUGAGUGGGGGCAAGAACGUAAAUCUGAUCAAUGUGGAUGUGGAACGGAUAGGGGACUUCUGCUGGUACAUCCACGGCAUAUGGUUGCUCCCGGUCCAGGUCUUCCUGGCACUCGCUAUACUGCACCGGAACCUCGGACCUGCGCCUGCAAUCGCCGCUCUCUCAUCGACAGUCUUGGUAAUGGUCAGUAAUACCCCAUUAGCGAAUAGGCAGGAAAUGCUCCAUUCGAGAAUAAUGGACGCCAAGGAUUCGAGAAUUAAGGCCACUUCCGAGACCUUGAAGAGCAUGAGAGUCCUUAAGCUCCAUUCAUGGGAGCCCACCUUCUUGAAGAGGAUCCUCAAACUCCGAGAAGCCGAACGUAACUGGCUCAAGAAGUAUCUCUAUACGUGCUCGGCGGUGGCCUUCCUGUUCUGGGCUUCCCCAACCUUGGUUUCAGUUGCAACCUUCAGUGUCUGCAUCAUAAUGAAGACACCUCUAUCAGCGGGAACUGCCCUCUCAGCCUUGGCAACUUUCCGAAUUCUUCAAGAACCUAUUUACAAUCUUCCCGAACUAAUAUCCAUGAUCGCGCAGACUAAGGUCUCCAUGGACCGAAUCCAAGAGUUUGUUCAGGAGGAGGACCAGAAGAGGGCGAUAGCUUAUCAUAACAAUGUUUCUGAUCCGAAGGACAUAGCGAUCGAGAUUGAGCCUGGGGAAUAUACCUGGAACUCAGGCGAUCACGACCCGAAGAAACCAGCUGUCAAGAUCUCAAGCAAGUUGAAGAUAAUGAAGGGCUGGAAGGUUGCAGUUUGUGGGUCUGUAGGCUCUGGGAAGUCGAGCUUUCUCUGCAGCAUUCUCGACGAGAUUCCCAGGACGGCUGGUGCAGGGACUAAGGUUCGUGGAACGAAAGCUUAUGUGCCCCAGAGCGCCUGGAUUCAGACUGGGACCAUAAGAGACAACAUCCUAUUCGGCAGGCAAAUGAAUCCCUCCCUCUAUGAGAAUGUCCUAGAAAGCUGUGCUUUGAAACAGGAUAUUGCCAUAUGGAGCAACGGCGACUUGAGCGUGGUCGGAGAGAGAGGAAUGAACUUGAGUGGGGGGCAGAAGCAGAGGAUUCAGUUGGCUCGGGCUGUUUACAGUGAGUCAGACAUUUAUUUCCUUGAUGACCCAUUUAGCGCUGUCGAUGCGCAUACGGGGACGCACUUGUUCAAGCAAUGCCUAAUGCAACUGCUGAGCCAGAAGACGGUAAUCUACUCGACACAUCAGUUGGAGUUUCUCAGUGAUGCUGAUCUCGUUCUUGUAAUGAAAGAUGGACGGAUAGUGCAGUCAGGGAAGUACGAAGAUCUGAUCGGGGACUUGCACAGUGAACUCGUUCGCCAAUUGGCUGCUCACCAACAAUCGUUAAACCAAGUGACACCAACACAAGAGCACAAGCCCGCUUCGACCCACGGGCCCAGUCGGGGAAACCAAAUUGAAGCCAUCAAAGAAGAACUUGAGCUCUUUCGGAAUUCCAGUUUCCAUAAGGCAUCAUCAGAAGAAGAAAGCGAAACUGGCCGAGUAAAAUGGAAGGUCUACUCGAUAUUCAUUACCUACGCCUAUAAGGGUGCACUAGUUCCGGUCAUUCUCCUCUGCCAAGUCCUCUUUCAGGGCCUGCAGAUGGGUAGCAAUUACUGGAUCGCCUGGGCGACUGAAGAAGAAGGAAGAGUCAGCAGAAGGCAGUUAAUCAGCAUAUUUGCAUUGUUGUCAGGCGGGAGCUCGAUCUUCAUACUUGGUCGGGCUGUUCUCUUAGCCACCAUUGCCAUUGAGACAGCUCAGCACCUCUUCCUGGGCAUGAUCUCAUCAGUCUUUAGAGCACCUAUCUCAUUCUUUGACUCCACGCCUUCAAGCCGAAUCCUCAAUCGGGCAUCUACAGAUCAAAGUGUUGUAGACACAGACAUUCCCUACAGAUUGGCGGGGUUGGUGUUUGCCCUUAUUCAGCUUCUCAGUAUCAUCAUCCUCAUGUCCCAAGUCGCGUGGCAAGUUUUCAUUCUCUUCCUCGUGAUUCUCGGCAUCUCGAUGUGGUACCAGACAUAUUAUAUCACGACUGCUAGAGAGCUGGCAAGGAUGGUUGGGAUUCGGAAGGCUCCUAUUCUUCACCACUUCUCUGAAUCGAUCAUUGGAGCAGCCACAAUCCGGUGUUUUGGUCAGCAAGGCCAUUUCUUGAGAAGAUGCCUUGGCCUGAUCGACGACUACUCCCGUGUGGCCUUUCAUAACUGCGGCGCGAUGGAGUGGCUCUGUGUGAGGAUAAACUUUCUCUUCAACUUUGUCUUCUUCGUGGUCCUGGUUAUCUUGGUGAGCCUGCCAAGGUCCGCUAUUGACCCAAGCUUGGCAGGAUUAGUAGCGACCUAUGGGCUGAACCUCAAUGUAUUACAGGCAUGGGUGAUAUGGAACCUCUGUAAUGUCGAGAACAAGAUGAUCUCGGUCGAGAGGAUCCUUCAAUUCUCAAACAUACCUAGUGAAGCUCCAUUGGUGAUUGAGGAUUUCAGGCCAAGCCCCGAGUGGCCAAGCGGCGGGAAUAUUGAGCUGGAGGACCUUCAUGUUCAGUACAAGCCUGCUCUUCCAAUUGUUUUGAGAGGAAUCACAUGCACCUUCCCGAGAGAGAAGAAGGUUGGGAUUGUCGGAAGGACGGGAAGUGGAAAGUCCACUCUGAUUCAAGCUCUCUUCAGAGUCGUGGAGCCAGCAAGAGGAAGAAUUCUUAUUGACGGAGUGGACAUUGGGAAGAUGGGAUUGCAGGACUUAAGAUCGAGAUUAAGUAUAAUACCACAGGACCCGAUAUUGUUCCAGGGGACUGUCAGGGCGAAUCUCGAUCCCCUGCAACAACAUUCAGAUCAAGAAAUCUGGGAGGUGCUCAAAAAGUGCCACCUAGAGGAGCUGGUGAGGCAGGACAUGAGACUUCUGGAGGCACCAGUCGCUGAAGACGGUGAGAACUGGAGCGUUGGGCAGAGGCAGCUUGUCUGCUUAGCUCGGGUGCUCUUGCAGAAGAGGAGAAUUCUUGUCCUGGAUGAGGCUACAGCUUCUAUCGAUACCGCUACAGAUAAUGUGAUCCAGAGGACAAUUAGGGGUGAAACAGGAAGACGUACAGUGCUCACAGUGGCUCAUCGGAUCCCCACUGUUAUUGACAACGACCUAGUUUUGGUCCUUGAUGAAGGAAAGGUAAUUGAGUAUGACUCUCCAAAGGUGUUACUGGAGGAUAAGUCAUCUUCAUUCUCGAAGUUAGUGGCCGAGUACUUGAGAAGAUCGUCUAACAGCAGUCUCCAGUAGGGAUGCCCAUCAGCAGGAUUGAAACAACCACCAUAGAAGUCGCUAAAAAUAUUCUCGUGAAAGCACAAGACCGAGAGUUCAUGAUAGUUGGAAGAGUAAAUCAGAGCUAACGUCGGAUACCCAGUUUGCACAGUACUGAUUAGAGGUUCAGCAGCUGCGAAUACAAAUAUUGUAGCUCUCCUAAUUCAUCGACUAAUACAAUGAUAGUCUCUGCUAGAGAGUACAUGAGUUACUGCUUUAGUAAGUCCAUGACUGUUUUCAAUUAUCGCUAUUGGGUGAAAAACUUAAGGUCAUAGAGAUUCUUCAGCAAAAGAGCUUGAGAGCUUCGAUCAACUGCAAGGACAUUGCUGAUGUAUAAAGCUGAGAAAAGCAUAACCGAUUUCAAUUAUCGCCAUUGGGCGAGCGAAAAAUGAGAAUUCCAUGUCCAUAGAUAAACUUCCUUUA